AUGGACCCCCUCACCGAUGACAGUACAACCACCACAACCACAAUCCAACCACCUCCCCGCAGAAGCAGCCACACCCCACCCCCGGCGUACACACCCUCACCUUCCUCGCAGCAGCAACACCAACACCAACAAGCACGUCACCACCGCCACUGCUACCACACCGGCCCCAACUCCACCCAGCCAACCGCCUACAUCCCCCGCGGCCAUCCCCACAGCACCAGCAACACCGCCAACACAGCCAUCUACCACCACCGCCCCCGCCCCCGCCACGCCCACGCAACCGUCACAUCCCCCGCCGUCUACUCCCCCUCGUCCAAAAAAGAAGUCCAAGUCCUCUUCUACAUCAAGCCCAACCAGCCCGCGGCGCCGGCACCCGCUUACGAUUCGGAAGAGGACGAUGACGAUUCCGAUGACGACGAUACCGACGACGACGACGACGACGACGAUUCCGAUCCCGAUGAUGAUGAAAAUGACGACGACGAUGAAGAUGAAGAUGACGACGAAUGGGAACGGAUCGGCGUUGCGUGCUACGCGCCGACGAUGACGUCUCAGCAUCAGUGUCGGCAGGCGACGGUGGAGCUGGAGGCGAGGGUGAGGGCUUUGGAGGCGGAGUUGGCGGCGAGGAGUUCGAGAUCGAGGAGGGGGGCGGAGAGGAGGGGGAGGGGGAGGAGGGUGAGGAGGAGGAGGAGUGGGAGUGGGAGUGGGAGUGGGAGUGGGAGUGGGAGUGGGAGUGAGAGUGAGAGUGCGAAAGGGAGUGGGAGUGGGAGGUAG